AUGCACGAAGUCGUACCUGUCGUCGCAGGCGUCACUACAGCUACCAAGCCUGAGAAGUCGUCUGGGUCCGCCUCGCUGGACGUGGCAGAAUUACAGGGCUUCGACCAGAACGCUACCAAGACGCUUCUGCGGAAGCUUGACUGGCAUCUCAUCCCUUUUAUGAGCUUGAUUUACCUUCUCUGCUUCCUCGAUCGUACCAAUAUUGGCAAUGCACGUCUCGACCAUCUGGAGCAGGACCUCGGUCUCACAGGAAUUCAAUACAAUGACUGUCUUGCGAUCCUAUUCCCAUUUUACAUAGCUGCAGAAAUCCCCUCCAACAUCAUGAUGAAGCGUCUCCGACCUUCCAUCUGGCUGACCAUCAUCAUGGUUUGCUGGUCUGCGGCCAUGAUCGGCCAAGGAUUCGUCAAGAACUACUCCGGGCUCAUGGCUACGAGAGUCUUCCUCGGCGUUUUCGAGGGUGGCCUGUUUCCGGGCGUGAACUAUUACAUCACGCAGUGGUACUGUCGCUAUGAGACGGGUUUCCGCAUGGCCAUGUUCUUCUCUGCUGCGACGCUUGCCGGGGCGUUUGGUGGUAUACUCGCACGGGGGAUCGCAGAAAUGAGCGGGGUUGGUGGACUAUCUGCCUGGUCCUGGAUCUUCAUCCUGGAAGGUCUCCUGAGUAUACUCGUCUCCUUCACCGCGUACUGGGCAAUCUACGAUUACCCCUCUACCGCCCAGUUCCUCCUCCCCCACGAACGCGACGAAGUCGAGCGCCGCCUCCUCGCCGACCAUGGCCACUUGUCCAACGACUUCGACCUGAAAUACGUGUGGCAAGCCCUGAGCGACUGGAAGAUUUACAUUCACUGCCUGAUCUGCAUGGCCGGAUUCAUUUCAGUCUACUCCUUCGCCCUAUUCUUGCCCACCAUCAUCAAUAACAUGGGGUACUCUGCCAACAACGCCCAGCUUAUGAGCGUUCCGCCUUAUGUCUUCGCUUGUUUCUUCACCAUCGCCGCAAGCUGGUUUGCUGACCGCGCGAGGCAGCGCGGCGUUUUCCUGAUGGUAUUCCAGCUCGUGGGGAUUGCGGGCUUUGCUUUGUUGGCGGGAAGUGGGAAUGCGUCGGUGCAGUAUACGGGGACCGUCCUUGCUGCUAUUGGAAUCUAUCCCCAAAUCCCCCUCGGCAUGGCCUGGAACGGCGCCAACAUCGGCGGCAGUCUCAAGCGUGGAACGGGCAUCGCUAUGCAAGUCAUGGGUGGCAAUUGCGGAGGCAUCGUUGCCUCCUACGUAUACCUGAAGCGCGACGGUCCGCGGUACAUCACCGGGCACAGUAUCCUCAUCGGAUUUGUGAGCAUGGCAUUCUUCUUGACCCUUUUCAUGACGAUUUGGUGCCGCCGAGAGAAUCGACGCCGUGAUGCUGUGUCAAGUAGAGCCGGAGUCCAGGACUUGACCGACGAGGAGAAGUUGUUGGAGCGGGAUCUGGCGGACAGUGCGCCGUGGUUCAGAUACAUUGUUUGA